AUGUCAGGAUUCCAAAGACCUUUUCCCUAUACGGUAUAUAUAAAAUAUAAAUGCAUUUGCACCUCCCUCCAGAUCUUGUUCUGCACGUUGAACACCCACAAGGUAGAUAUGCAGAAACUGCUGGGCGGCCAGAUUGGUUUGGAGGACUUCAUUUUCGCUCACAUCCGCGGUGACACGAAGGAGGUGGAGGUCACCAAAACAGAGGAUGCUCUGGGACUUACUAUCACAGAUAACGGGGCUGGCUAUGCUUUCAUCAAGCGUAUUAAGGAAGGUAGCAUUAUGAACCGCAUUCCAACGGUCUCUGUUGGGGACAGCAUUGAAGCCAUCAACGACCAAACCAUUGUCGGAUGCCGCCACUACGAAGUUGCCAAGAUGUUGCGCGAGAUGCCCCAGGCACAGCCAUUUACUUUGCGCUUGGUGCAGCCUAAACGAGCUUUUGAUAUGAUCAGCCAGAGGACACGAAGCAGCAAGAGCUCAAGUGAGGAGAAAAUAGGCAGCGGAAGGGAGACUCUACGGCUGCGUGCAACGGGCACUGCCACCGUAGAGCAGGCACCAAGUGAGUUUGAGGAGGAAGCUGCUGAAAAAAUGGACGACUUAUUGGAAAGCUACAUGGGCAUCCGUGACCUCGAAUUGG